AUGAUUCUCCGGGGACGGUUAAGCGCUGCCCUAAUACUUUCUAGUUACAGGACGGUAGUGACACCAAUCGCUCCACCACACUACGUUCGUCGUCGAAUACGGGAAAGUAUGGUUCGCCAUGUUCUAACCGCAGCACAACCUUUGACAGUGAGUGAUCUCAUAGAUCUUGUGCGAGGAACUUGUGAUGUUGAAGGUUACGCGUCAGCCCACCGUGAAGAACUAGGUGACGCCAGUUUUCCGAAUUCAUCAUCUGAUGAGCAACCCCCAACGCACGCGGUCGGGACAGAGAAAGAGAGGCAAGUUAGACAUCUCACCAACUUUCUGGUAGCCAACACUCCCGAACAGGGUGACACUUCGUCAUCAUCAUAUAAGAAGCAAUCAAACUACUUGAUAGAAUCAACGGUUCGACUUCUGCUCGCCGUUGACCCCCAGUUUCGCGUUUCGGUGGGAGGGUAUGUGUGCUACCCCAAUUUGCCAUCGAUGAUCAUUGCAUCAACGAAUGUUGAACGUAACGAAUCAUGGGUGCGGUCGAUGCGCUCUCUUGUGCGGGCGGAGGAGGCCGCACAUAGGACUACCGUGGACUGUAAUGACAACAGAACCACACGACGUAUCGUCUCUGCACGAGCAGAAGAGGGUGCGCCCUCCCGGGGGUGGAGCUAUAUUGUAAGUCUUUGGUGCAUGUUGGAUCCCCUUUCGGAAACUCCGGAGGAAAAUGAUGUGGGGCGAAGGGAUCUCAAGCAAGAUACACAAUGCUCUAAAAGAAACGCGAGUCGCGGGGGGGGCUCCUUCUCCGAACACCUUGCCGAGCUCUGGAUUAAAACAUAUGACUCGAAGGAACUGCCCCCUCUUUUAUGUGGAGGCUCACCGACGGGUGGUUGGCCUGGGGCUCGUCCUUGCGAGUUCCGUGAGUGUACUGAGGGAAACGAUGCGCUUCGACGCUGGUGCGCCGAGACGCGUGAGGGAUAUGUGAACGACUUACUCUUGGCGAAGGCAGUUCUCGCGCCAGCGGCGAGGACGCUUUUGCAACAGGUUAAUUUUCACAUGGCGUAUUUGUUCAACCUCAUUGUAGGUGUGCCUAUUACAUUGGGGCGGUUGUCAGCCCUUGUGCAGUGGGAAAGCCAUCCGUUUGCAAUGCACUACCGCUCGUUUCUUCAUUUCGUCGUUCUGUUUACUGGUUGCUCUGCAGUCCUGCAAAUGGAGCGCUAUGAAAUGCGACGGCGAGAGGUGCAAAAACGGUGGAGAAGUUUGCUAUGGGUUCAGGUGCACGAGGAGUGGGAGCGCCAGCGGCAACAGCAGCUGGUGGGCCGUUUUGCCUCGCGCACUCUCGUAGAUGAGGCACACGCUAAUACACGUACCGGGCAGGUUGAAGCGGCUGUGGCGAAUGUAAGUGGCACUAGUGACGAUUAUGGUGAUAUAGGUGGUACUCCGAGAGUUUCUCUGGGCGCAGAGCAUUACCGAUUCUGGGUAACCGGCACUAGUGGCCCAUCUGUGAGUCCGAAGUUUGCGGACGUGUGUCGAUGUGUUUUCCUUAUGCCGUCGGCGGGUAUGGCACCGGUGGACGUGACAACGCGAAGUCCCUCUGAGGUGAUGGACGACCUUGCGGCUAUGGAGCAACGAAACGGUGAAGAAAAGGGAGGCACGGUGAAUGAUAUCGUCGUGUUUGCUGCUACUCCCUUUGUGCUCGAGCAGCGAAUAUGUCGUCUUGUAAGACUGUGGUGGUUACUUGAGGGACAGCGCACAUCUCAAGACCGCACGAAUGAUGUUGUUAUUACUAUACGGCGGCUCUCCCAGCUUUGUUUGUGGGAACACGAGUACGGCAAUCCAGCUGCGUCACGCAUGAUGCUCCACUACCUUCAAUCUUUCGAAUAUACAGAGGGCGUCAUAAAGCUGGUGCCACCACCUGAACAGUCAGUGACAAAGCCUGAUAGUGUUGACACUGCCGGGCAGUGGUUGGUAGUUGUUUCUCGGGCAAAGAAGACGGGAAAGAAGAGCGCGGAAAUUGAUGGUUCUUGA